AUGGAGAGUCUUCCACGUGAGAUCAUGCUCAACAUACUUUCUAAACUACCCACACCAUCCUUACUCAAUGCUAAGCUUGUAAGCCGAUCAUGGAAGAACUUAGCUGAAGACCCAAUUCUUAUUGAUCUCCAUUUCACCCAUAUGGCUUCAAAUAAUACCAAUCCAUGUCUCAUCUUACAUGGUGACUAUCCCAUUCAAAACCAGCUCUAUGCUCUAUACUUGUAUCCUCACAACAACAACGUUGGGCUAGUGAAAAGCAUUUCUUCACCUCCAGUGCCUGAUUUCAACGUCGCAGCUUCUUGCAAUGGCUGGCUAUGCUUAUCUAAUUCUUCGAAGAACACAUUCCAUUUGUACAAUCCUUUCAAUAGUGACUUCAUGGAGCUGCCGAAGUCUGCUCAUGAUCAGAGUUCUGAUUUCUGCACAGUACUUGGAUUUGGGUUCCAGGCAGAGACAAAGGAGUAUAAAAUUCUGAAGCUUUCCCGUGUUUCAGGGAAUGUUAGAGGCCAUAGGAUUUGUGGUUACGGUCCACCACCAAAUGCUGAGAUCUUGACAUUGGGUAGCCUAACUUGGAGAAGCUUAGGACAGAUAAAUUAUGAUCCAGUUCAGUCUGCAUCACAGGUUAUGGUUAAUGGGAGACUUCAUUGGGUCAAUUGGCCAUUAAGACAUCAUCACAAUCAUAGGCUCAUCUCUUUUGACUUAUCAGAAGAGAAAUUUCGAUUGGUGCCAUGUCCAAACUCAGCAGCUGGCUUUGAAGGCCACGGUUACCACAGGCUCAUGCUGGUCAACAGAGGAGGAUGUCUCUCUGUAGUUUCUAAUAUCAAUUAUGGAUCGUUUGAGAUUUGGGUAAUGAAGGAAUAUGGAGUGAGGCAGUCUUGGAGAAAAGAGUUCAAUAUAAGUAGUGAGAUUCCAAGAGAAUUGGAAGAAGAAGUUGAUCCUUCCUUUAAAAUUUCGAGAUUGUAUAGGAGGUCUUUUACUCGAGUUGUUUGUAGCAUGAAAAAUGGUGAAAUUUUGCUGCAAUACAAGUGUAGGACAUUGGUUGCUUAUGAUCCAAGGCAUGGGACGUUUACGAAUAUUAAAAUUCCAGGAAUGCCAAAUAUGUUUGAAGCAGUUGCUCAUGGUGGUAAUCUUAAUGGCAUUGACAGGCUGCUUACUGGCCUAUAA